AGACUAGCAGACUAUUAAGCGGCGCAGUCGGCAAUCACAACUUAACCUUUAUUCAAUCAAUCAGUAAUUUUCACCACGCCGCGUAUGAAUUAAUCAACAAAUUUAUUUUCUCACCAUGUCGAUCGCAAAUCAAGCAACGGCAAAAAGAAGUAAAAAUGCACCUUUGGAAGUGUCAUCCAAAAAGCCAGUGUCUCAAUUUCGAGCAAUUUCGGCUCCAAAAAGAGAAGUGAGGGACCCAAGAUUCGACAAUCUUUGUGGAAAAUUUAAUGAAAAAGCGUUCAAGAAUGCAUACGCAUUUCUCGAUGAUCUUAAACAACAAGAUUUGGUGCAAUUGAAGGAAAAAUCAAAAACUGAAACAGAUCCAGAGCAAGUCAAAAAAAUUAAAUAUCUCAUUCAAAGGCUAGAAAAUCAAAUAAGAGAACAGAAAAGAAGAGAAAAUAAAGAAGAAAAAGUGCAUCAGGAAAAGCAUGAAAUCGCUGAAGCCAUUAAACAAGGAAAGAAACCUAAUUUCAAGAAAAAAUCUGAAAAGAAAGUGCUGGAUUUGGUUCAUCAAUUUGAAGAACUCAAAAAUACUGGACAAUUAAAAAAGCACAUUAAAAGGCUGCGCAAAAAGGAUCGAGCUAAAGACAGAGAUUUUAAAAAAGCUGUAAAUAAGGUUUAAGAUAAAACUAAGAGACAAUAGCUUGAGUAUUUUGAAUAGUAUUAAAGAAUAAAUGGUUACGCUGUGUGUAUAUUGUAAAACAAAUUUAUAAUUGUGUGAUUUUAUAAUUGGGUAAUAUUUUUUAAUAUUGUUAUCAAAUUUAGAUUAUUUGGAUUUACUAUAAGAUAUAUGAAAUAUAAGAAAAUAUAUUAUAAAAA